UUUGUGGGUUUAAUCGCAGGCUCCGUCCAUUUAAAGAUUUUUGAAAUCAACGACGCGGUGCAUCGUUCAGCAUGUCAGACUUUAAAAAACCGAGUGCUGUAAAAGAUUUUUUUGCUGGCGGUUUUGGUGGGAUGUGCUGCGUCGCUGCUGGACAUCCACUCGACACCAUAAAGGUGCGUUUACAAACUAUGCCAAAACCCGCACCGGGCUCUCCUCCAUUAUACACUGGAACCCUCGAUUGUGCGAAGAAAAUAAUUACCAGGGAAGGAUUUUUUGGGCUUUACAAAGGUAUGGCCGCGCCUCUAAUAGGAGUUACCCCGAUGUUCGCUGUAUGUUUUCUUGGCUUCGGUGUUGGAAAGAGACUCCAACAGAAGGACCCCAAUGAACAACUAUCCCUUAUUCAACUGUUCAAUGCGGGAAUGCUGGCCGGUGUGUUCACAACUGCAAUUAUGACCCCUGGAGAAAGAAUCAAAUGUUUACUACAAGUUCAAGCAGCAUCUGGGGAGCCACCCAAGUACAAAGGACCAUUAGACGUUAUGAAACAGCUGUAUAAAGAGGGAGGAAUUCGAAGCAUUUAUCGAGGAACUGCGGCAACUCUUCUGAGAGAUAUACCCGCAAGUGGAAUGUAUUUCAUGACCUAUGAAUGGCUGCAGAGAAUUCUCACGCCCGAAGGAGGUAAUCGUUCGGAUUUGAGUCCUCUGCGGAUCAUUUUUGCUGGAGGAAUGGCUGGUGUAUUUAAUUGGGCUGUUGCGAUUCCUCCCGAUGUGCUCAAAUCACGGUUGCAAACAGCUCCGGAAGGCAAAUACCCCAAUGGCAUCAGAGAUGUGUUCAAGCACUUGAUUAAAGAAGAAGGUAUUACUGCGAUUUACAAGGGAACAGCCCCGGUUAUGUUACGAGCUUUCCCGGCCAAUGCGGCCACGUUCUUGGGCUACGAAAUGGCACUCAAGUUCUUGAACUAUUUGGCGCCGAAUUGUGUACAGAGAGUAGUUCGGCUACGGUGUCUUUCUCCGCGUCAUUGUGGUGAUUUUGUUGUUUUGGGUAUUUUUUUCUCGUUUGUUGGCUACCCGUUUUAUCGACAUGCGGGUUGGAUAUUUUUACCAGAUGUAACCAUUUCGGGACGCAAUAUGAUCAUGAACAUGGCUCUUCAAAAUCUUGUUGAGGGACAGUGUGGGCGGGAGAAUGAGUUAGUUUCCUUGUCGCGUCAUCUUCAGCAAAACUUCGGCGGCUUUCCACUGCUGACCCAGCUGAGAAAUGCUGAACCUGAUCGAGAAGUGCCUGCGGACAACCCGAUGGUGAAUGAAUUCAUGAAAGAAAUUUCUCGGGAUCAAAUGACGGCCAUGCGGUCAUUCCGAAUGGACACGCUGUUGAACGAGAUGCAUGCGUUGGAUACCUCAGUGGGAGCUUCUAUCGUGUCAAGUUCUCGGGUCGUGCAUCCUCCGCAAGUUGCACCUGGUGUAGCUAAAAUUGCAGCCGUCCAGUCGGAGGAAUGGGCGAAGGAAUAUAUUGAUCUCGAAAAGUUAUCGUUACCGGUGGCAUGUGAUGUUGGAAGUGCACAACUCAGUGCCCUGCAGCUGGGCAUUUCAGCACCUCCGAAAUUGCAAUCGGAAGGAAUAAUGAUGCCUCCAGUCCCAUAUGGUGUGCAGCCGUUGCGUCCGCAGUUUCCGUUACUCCCGCCGAUGAUGCAAAUGGAACGGCCGGUUCAUCAUUCUGCCCCAGACUACCGCUUUGCGGAAGCACUCGGAGACGAUUGGAUUGGAGAAUUCUUAUCGAGCGAGGAAGUGCUAAAAGGCGUUGUUGACUCGGUAGAAUCUGGGAACAGGACAUCGGAUCUGGAAAACGUCUCUUCAUCAACUUUGCGGGAAGCAACUGGCUCGUGGGAUCCGCUGGGUGACAUUUCAUUGGACGAUACCCUUCAGGAUACGCUUGAAUCAUCAGUUUCAAAAUCUUAUAGAUUCGAGGAAGAUAACCCACUGAAGUAUGCGGAAGACCCUUUUGAAAUGGGUUUGAAAAAGGUGGAGGAAGGCGACGUGGCUUCUGCAGUUUUAUUGUUUGAAGCGGCGGUUCAGCAGGAGCCGCAGCGUGCCGAAGCUUGGUUUCACUUGGGUGAAACGCAGGCGAAAAAUGAAAAUGAUUCAUUAGCCAUUGCUGCGUUGAGGAAGUGUCUCGAACUCGAACCGGAUCAUUCAGAAGCUCUGAUGGCUGUUGCGGUCAGCUUUUGCAAUGAAAAUCUGAACAGACAAGCAAUUGCAUCCCUUCAGGAAUGGUUGCUGAAAAAUCUGAAAUAUUCAGACUUGCUUCCUGUUGAACACCGGUCCAGCGAUUCUAUUUUUGUAAAUUCCAUGGGAUUUGUUCUGCCAAAAGAACACGCUUUCUUGAAGGAGGGAUUUAUCCAAGCUGCGAAUCGCAACCCGAACGGAUCUGUUGAUGCUGAUGUUCAGCAAGGUCUUGGUGUUCUCUUUCAUAUGUCCGGCGAAUAUGAUAAAGCUGUCGAUUGUUUCAAAGCCGCUCUUCAAGUGCGUCCAGAUGACUCAUUAUUGUGGAAUCGUCUUGGGGCCACGUAUGCCAAUGGCUUGAAACCUGAAGAUGCUGUUAGCUCUUAUCAUCGCGCCCUGGAGCUCUAUCCGGGUUUCAUUCGCUGUCGUUACAAUCUCGGCAUCUCUUGCAUGAACCUGAAAGCGUAUAGGGACCUUUCCAUGGUCAACCGUGAGCUUGGGUUCAAGUUGAAUCCAGGGGCAGACGAAUGAUUCAUUGUAUACGUCGAUUAGCUUUUUCGUUGUUGGUGUAGUGACGGAUUCAUACUCCCUGAAAUUAAGUGACGGUUCGUUUGUUUUGGUUUCAAUCGAGAUAAGGCCAAUUGGAGGUAGACUUCAAGUUUUCAUAUUCAAAUGUGGAAGGAUAUUCAUUCAAGUGCCAUUCGUUGUUACUAUGGCCAUUUCAAUUUGGUGACUGCUUGACCAAAACUUGGUCUAAUUGAUGUUUAAUUUUCAUGAAAAGGUUGUGAUUUUAUCUGGAGAAAUGAAUUUUUUUGGAAAGACACGAGUAAUAA